AUGUUAGGCGUAAACUGUCUCACUUCUACUGCAAUAUUCCUCAUAUUUAUUCCAGUAAUUUCUACAAUUUCUCCCUUAUUUCUCAACCAAAAAUUAGAAAUCUCAGAAAGACAUCUUUUAGAAGAGGAAAAUGCGGCACUUGUUUCUUAUGAUAAUGCAAACUAUGUUGUAGCUACGGAUAACGAUAAUAAUAAGCCUGGUACAUCAUUAUUACGGGUUGACCUAUCACCAGAACGGAAAGACGAACUCCAAAUCUCGGACUUUGUAAACGAUAAUGAUGAUGAUUCUAUAAAAGAUCCAAACUAUGAAUCAGAUUCGAGUAGCUCUAGUUCGUCCUCCUCUUCUACAUCAAGUGAUAGUUCUAGCUCAAGCAGUAGUUAUAGUCCAGAUUGCAAUGGUUUCUUGUCGAAUUCACACAAUGUAAGCCAGGUAUUUGACCCUUCGCUUGAUUUUCAAGCAGUAAAUACUCCAGCAGCAAGUAUUCAAGUAAACCCUCUAGCAGCAAACUUACAAGGAUCAGGACCUGAAGUACCAGAUACUCAACUAGCAGACAGCCAACCAGCAAACACUUAUCCAGCAGACACCAAAAUUGCCAGUCCUAAAAAAAGAGGGAAAAAGUGA